AAUCGACAAGUCUCUUCGACUACAUGUUCCAAAGUGGACUCAGAAAUAUCAGUUCCACUGAUAUGAACAUUCUAGGGAUACAAAUAAUGCCUUCCUCAAAAGAGAUCAAACUGGAUUUAAGCGAUUAUAUAAAGAAUAGUAAAAGCCAUGAACAGUACAAAACAGACAAAGUGGUGGAAACGUUACAGUGUAUACAAUCCAUGAGCACACAGGUGGAACUGAAAAUAGACGCGGAAGCAAAGGACACGAUAGACAUAGUGGGCCGUGGGGUUGACAAAAUAUUCCCGACAAUCUGCAGCUGUGUCCUGAACGUCGGAGACCGGAAACAGUGUGAGUGGAUACUAGAAUACACUCUUAGUGGUCAUCUGGUGUUGGAGAGGAAAAUCAUGGCAAGGAUCUACCAUUUAUCCAGACAUGCCAUUAUAGGAAGUAGUCCCCCUGGCGAAGUACAACAUCCAGACUUUGCUGAUGAACAGAAGCGAAAGGUGACAUUUAACGACACUGUUUUCCAUACCAAAGCAGCAUCUAUGGCGGAAGCGGGUUUCUUUUGCGAUGGACUGAUAGACCGUGCACGAUGUUACUACUGUGGAGGAGCGCGGAUUGACUGGAAAGAGUUGGAUGACCCAUGGACCAUGCAUGCGGAGGGAUUUCCACGAUGCCCUUUGGUCAAGGCACACAUGUCUGAAGAGGCUAUUGAUGAGAUCAUCAAGUCAGACAUUGAACAAAUUUCCUCUGGCAAUCCUUACUAUGAAUCAUUGGAAAAGAGAAAAUUGACAAUGCAUAGCAUGUUGAUGACACAGUCUUCAGGAAACAAUGGCGAUGACAAGGAGAAGUUUUUAAGUGAUGUGGCUGAGGCAGGAUUUUACUACGUUGGCCCCGAGGACAGGGUGAGAUGUUUUUCCUGUGGUGUGAUGCUAUCAGGAAUACGUCUCCGGACUUUGGAGAAGCUAUUAAUUCAGCAUGCAUGUGUGUCGUCUACCUGUAUGUACGUCAAAAGCAAGUUUUCACCCGAUAAACUCCAGUGUGUCAUCAAUACGACGACAAUCUUCAGUAAAUACCUCUCAGUUUGUUUCUUCGUAAAGACUUUUGACAGAGAUCCAUCAACUUGGCCGUCCAACAUGUUGUGUUCGUGAGUUAAUAUGUUUGCUACAGAUUGGUUUGACUUUGAGACUUUGAUGUAGCUAUAGU